AUGUCACUGUCCCCCCACGAGCGCGGCUACCCCCACGAUCAAGGACCGGGUGCUGGACGUGCAGGACAAGAAAAGGUUUUUGCCAGUGUAUAUUCUUUCCCACAAUGCACGCGCCUUGGCCACACGUGUGAUUACAGCCCGCGGCUCUCUUUUCGUGACGAUACGCCCCGAGUUGUCGAACGGAUGCAAGAUGUAUCUACCUUGGGCAGCUCUGUAUGGGAUCCUACCUCGCCGACCGCCACCGAAGCUCCUAGCAGCGUAUCUGGACCGGACGAUUUGCCUGCAUUUGCGACGCUGAGAACGGACGAGGAGCGAGAGAAAAAGGCUGAGUGUACGAGUCCUGGAACGUACAACGUCAUCGUCAACCCGGAAAGUUUUCAACAUCUGCCAGAAUACGGUGAUGACGCCGAGGUGAAGAUUCUUCGCUUGUCGCCGCUAAGGCGAGGCUCUUUAGCUGCUUCGAUGGCAAGCAGCCAGGGGAGGGAGCCUGGUGUUGAUAAUUCACAUCAAGUGGAUGGUGUUUAUCAGGACAGUGAGGAUCCCAAUGUGGUCAUCUUACCACGUUUUGAAGAUGCGACCAGGAGGGCUACGUUGCAAUGGAAGGAUUUCCACUCGCCAACUCCUCCUCGACUUACCACGCAUUCGUCAGGAGCCAGCAUUCCGAUUCUUGACAGUCUCGCGGACACGGAACCAACACAAUCAUUGAUGCAGCGUGCCGCUGAAGGUGGACAAGACGCCCAUCUUUUACAACAUUUCAGAAAUCACAUCUGGCAGCAACUAGCCCAGGUCGAGCAUGAAAGUAUGGCUCAGGCAUCCAUUCGAGGGUCGGGAAUUGAAGUGCUGGAGCAUGCGGCACGCCUCUUUCCACCUCUUUUUCACGCAAUGAUGGCUGUUGCAGCCUUGGGUCUGGCCCAUCAGGAAGGCAGUGAACGAUUGGAUGCUUUGCAGCAUUACCAAAAGGCUCUGCCAGCUCUACAGAGCAACCUUCGCAGUGCCGAUGACCUCUCCUCUGACGGUGCAUUUCUUACCCAUUUCCUGUUGCUCGUUUACGAAAUCGCAGCCGCCGAGAUUGGUGGAUCGAAUUUAUGGUCAUCCCAUCUUGCCCAGCUCCUCCGAAUAUCGUUGCUCAGGCGGGAGGUUUUUGGUGGCGAACAGUUUCCAUUCAUUACCUGGUGGAUUUGCAACAUUGACCUGUACGCUUUGUUCAGCGGUGCUGGCACGGGAGAAUUUGUGGGCACAAUGCUGAAGAACGACAUGAUGCCACCGCCCAGCUUUCACCUCUAUCCGUUGAGUCCUGAUGGAUCGAGCAUCAUCUAUGCCGGGGAGACAGAGUCCCUACCCACCAUUUUACAAUUAAACUAUGAGGUCACAGUGCUUGCGGUUCGACUUGGUCUUCUCGCUCAGGAGCUUCGGAGAGACGCGACUGCUCUGGCAUUUGAUAGUCAAGAGAUGGGAUCACAUCACCGGCAUGUGAGCACCAAACUCCGACAACAGAGGGUCUAUGAGCUACAAGAGGCCCUUCGCCAGCUCUGGCUUUCGCCCAGCACUCUGAUGCUUGGACAACAGCCCGAAAUGCUUCCACCCCGGUCGCGGCAGUCUUUCGAACAUGCAAGCGCCCUUUACCGGGCAUGUCUGAUAUAUUCUCACACCAGCAUGUGGCCGUCGCAACGACUUGACAGUGGACCUGAGUGCGAUCACGAGAUUGCGGAAAGUGUUUCGGAAAUAUUACGGAUUGGCAACCGCGUGGUCAGCAGCGAGCAAUACCACCGUCGAUUCAUCAUCUUUCCGUUGUUCAUGGCCGGAUUCGCAUCGAUCGAUGGCAACGAGAAGAUGCUGGCGCUUGAGCUGAUUUCGAGCAUGGAGAAGAGAAGCAUCGGCAGCAACACCACCGCAACGCGGCAUGCUCUCCAGAUCGUUUACGAGCAACAGACACAGCGAUUCAUGCUCACGGGGCAAUCGUCCGAUGUGAACUGGAGUGAUAUCAUGCUUGAGCAAGGUCUUCAGGUCGUCAACUUUGGGCUAUGA